GAAUGGUUUCGAUUUGGCGAUUGUGCUGUGACGUGGAAAUUGGUACUGUUGGCGUGGACGUACGUGCGAGUUGUUUGAAUUGAGUGUGCGCUCGCGUUCCUCCACUUCGGUUUUGUACUUGACCGCCCAAAUCGAGACUUGUAAAUAUUUCUGUUUUAUUUUUCACCGUGAGUGGCUGAACAAAGCCUCAAUUACAAGAAGACGAAUCUAUGCAGAGCACUGGGAGCUCAGGUGCUAGUUUAAGUUUAGAACACAUAGAGCCCGGCUUACUGAGGGCAGCUGCUCCCAGCUCUGAAUCUAGCAAGCCUAGCACCAGUACCAAAGGAGGUCUCGACAUGAACUUUCUGGACUCGAUUUUGAUCACGGGGAGUAACGACUUCUCUACUGAGCCAGUUCUGGAGAUUACCGAGCAGCCCAAACAGAAAGAUCUGCGAUUCCGCUAUGAGUGCGAGGGACGGUCAGCCGGUAGUUUGCUGGGGGUCAAGUCGAACAGCGACCGCAAGACAUACCCGACUGUCAAGAUUAAGAACUAUGUGGGCAAGGCCAAGAUCGUAGUGUCUCUUGUGACGAGACAAGCUCCUCACCAGCUCCACCCAAAUGGACUGGUGGGAAAACCAUGUAAGAAUGGGAUCUGCACCAUCAUGGUAGAGAAUAACCAGAGGAUGACUGUCAGCUUUCCCAAUCUUGGAAUCCAAUGUGCCAAGAAGAAGGACAUCCAGGCUGCCAUAAAUGAGAGGCAGAGGCUCGGCGUCGAUCCCUUCAAUGAGUCGGCAGGGAGGGCCAAUGCCCAGUUGCCAAACGACUACGAGAUGAACAUCGUCUGUCUCUGCUUUCAGGCCUUCCUGCCCGACCCCAACCAGCCCUCGCAGUUCACCAGAGCCCUGCCUCCGCAGGUCUCUCAGCCCAUCUACGACAAGAAGGGGGCUUCCUUGAAUAUAUCACGAGUUGAUCGAAACAAUGGAACAGUAGCUGGUGGAGAGGAGAUGUUCAUUCUGUGUGAUAAAGUUCAGAAAGAUGAUAUUGAGGUCGUCUUUUUUCACGACGAUUGGGAAAGCCACGCCACUUUUGGACCUAGCGAUAUUCACAGACAGGUAGCAAUAGUGUGCAAGACGCCGCCUUAUGAAGAUCAAAACAUCCAGCAACCGAUCACCGUCCAAUUCAAGCUGAGGAGAAAAAGCGACAAAGAGACCAGUGAUCCCUUGGAAUUUAUCUACAGACCUAUUGAUAUAGAUGCUGAUGGUGUGGAAGCAAAGAGGCGGAAAAAAGCCCCACAUUUCCAUAGAUUUUUCAAAGAGCCAUCUUCUGUCAAACAGGAACCGUUUGACCCAACUCAGCCUAGUGGAAGCGUGAUUCAUCAACAACUACAUGUACAUCAACAACAGCUACAUCUUCAGCAAUUAGGGCCUCCUAACAUUGCACGUGCAUCAGCAGAUCAAGACGUGAGACAGAUUUUACGUAACAAGCUUGAACAAAGUUCAAAGCAAUCACAUAGACAGGAUUUGGAGGUUGAACAGCUGCCAAGAGUAUUUGCUCGCGCUGUCCGCACUGCAGCCUCAGGCAACCCAAAAAUCGCCAAGUUCUCUAAGGACUCCUCCACCUUCAGUUACAGUGACAGCUCCAACUUGUCCUCUGGCACGGUGAUCCAGCGAGGCACACCCGCCACUGCCACCACGGGGGCGCCCUUAACGCUGCCGCAGGACUCGGUGGCCAAUUGUGGCACAGUGCUGCCCUUCCAAGGCAUUACAGUGGACGCUACCCAGGGUGUUACAGUAGAAAUAAGCGACCAAGUGCUUGCAUACCAGCUGCAGUCCAACUCUGACCUAACCAACAUGGCUUCCACUUCGGACUUUGGACAGAACACACCCGCACAAGCUUUUGGUCAAGGUACCUCGGGCUCCGAAGGGACUAUUCCUUAUUUGAACCCAGAGGAAAAGUUAUUGCAGCAACUUUUGGAAGAGGAAAACCUAGCACACUUGCUCGUGGAACAGAACAUCAAUAUCGAGGACUUGAAUCCACCAAACUUGGAGGACCUAACAACACUUCAGGACUUUGAUCCAGCAACGCUGUCACUUACAAACGAUGGCACAGAUGGGAUGGAGGUUGAUCAGGGUUUGAAUAAUUUUACCUUGGAGAAUAACGUCAAUGACUCGGUCUCAAUACCGUAUAGUCACAGCGUGGAGUUACCGAUAGAAAAUGACAGCCAAGUUCAUAACUUUAAUGGAAAUUGUGAUCAAAAUGGAUAACGGGGUAUGUAAAAUCCAAUUGUGGGUUUUUUGGGGCGGUCUUUUUUUUUUGGUGCAGUAAAGUUUUUUCUUUUGUCAAAGUACUGGUAGUGUGUACCAUCGAAUAUUGCAUGCUUAUAACAAAAUUCAUAUGCUGAGUUACUGUUACAAGUAUUUAAACUGCGAGCUAACAAAAACGUACUCUUGUACAGUUUCUUCAAAAUGUCGUUGGGGCAUUCUCCAAUGCAGGCAUUAAGUUCAAGGUCAGAAGUUUUUUUUUGGCAUUAAAAUUUCAUCAAGUCUUCAUUUUAACCCUGGCAGUCCAAGCCAGUUUGAUGCACUAUUCCAAACUUUGACACCAAUGGCAACGUUUUUGGUACAUACAUUACAUGAACAUGUGGGUUAUUUGUCAACAUAUUUCAUUCACUGACAUUGUGUGUUUCUGUGCCAUAUUCUGUUUUUCAAAAACAAAACAAAACAAAACAAAACAAAAAAACUGGAUUUUUAAACCUGUAUUUUCCUCUUCAAACUUAAAUAUUCAUGAAACUGCGACUGUUUGCCUCCGUAUAGAAUGGACAUUUUUGUGCAUUGCAAGGGUGAAUCUUGUAUAAAUCAACAGAAUGUAACUUUUGUACUACUCAUAUUAGGAGAAAGUAGUUAAAAUGAAUACAAACUGAGGCCUUUCACCCUCUCCUGUUUCAUGUACUGUACAUGUAUGCAUGUGUAAUUACCUCUUGAUUUUCUACAACAUUACUGUACACUUCAGAUACAUGCUUGAGCAUGUUGAAAUUGCCACUGUAUAUUUGUACAUACAUGUUUGAUCACUUUGUACAGUUAUAGGGAAACUGAAAUGUCAACAAAACUGGAAGUAAUCAUUUCCUUUUUUUAUUUCUGGUCUUUGUUUAAUUGCGUAAUUUACGAAAUCUUGCCAAUGUUUGAUUCAAGAAAACAUUUCAAAGCAGUAGUUUGCUCACAUUUGGGGGAGGGGGUAGAACGGCUCUCUGCAUCGAUUUGCCUACCGUUAUGAAGUUGUUGGAAGAAUCUUUUGUGGAAGAAAGAAAUACUAGUCCUUACUAUCGUGCCGUGCAUGGUGAAUGUUUGCUUUUAUCAAGAUUUGCUGUUGAAAUCACGUUACAAAAUCAUGCAUUUCUCAGAUGAAGUACUUGUUAUUUAUUUACAUGUAUAAACAGACUUUAACCCUAGCUCUUUUGUGAGAAUUGGCACUGAAGUAUUUGGUCAAAAGUGUUCAAAACAAUAUUAAUUUCCUCAUGUGCAUGUCCUUGUAUCUUUGUACAAUUGCAGCCCAAGUUGCUUGUAACGUUGAUAGCAUUAGCAAUUCGAAAAAGGUCUUUUUGUUAAAAUGAAUAUAAAGGUUAACUAUACUGGUGUGUGCUAACCUUAGCUGUCUGUGUUGUGAAUCAUGACGCAAAUUUCAUCAAAGAUUUUGACUGUUAAAUCAUUUGGAUCAUGCUUCUUCUUUUUUUCAUUUGGCAAGAAUCGGUGUUUCCUAGAAAUCAAGCAAGAUUUCUUUCAAGUCAUGCUUUCUCUUUUUUUUAUUUUGAAGCAUAACACAUUCCUUUGAUUGUAUAAAGUGUACAUACAUGUACUUGAUAUGAAGUAUGAAAUAUUAGCCUUUUCUUUCAAUACACCUGUAAGUAUGUUUUGUUUGAAAGUGAAGGAUCUGUUUGCCCUAGUUUCAUCAACCAAA